AUGCUAUAUUAUGUUAUAUGUAAAUUAAAAUCCGUUGGCUUGGAUGACAAUUCCCUAAAUUGGUUCGAGUCCUACCUUUCCUCUCGUCAACAAGCAACAUCCAUCAACAGUACGCUGUCCAGCUCUCUACCCGUGUCAGUCGGCGUUCCACAAGGAAGCACUUUAGGUCCACUUCUCUUCAUUAUUUAUAUCAACAAUAUGCCCAACAUUGUUAAACACUGCAAGAUAUUACUCUACGCUGACGACACUCUUCUAUACUACUCAUCCAAGUCAGCUAGUGACAUCAAGAAAUAC